AUGCAGACGAACUUCACCACGCAGCUCGCCGGUGUGCAGACUGCCGUCAACGUCUCCUUCGCUGACACGGCGAUGAAGGUCAACGAGUCCUGCGUGGGUCUCGGCAAGCAAGUCGAGAAGAGGAUCGCCCCCCUCGAGGCCAGAGUUCGGGUCACUGAGACUCGGAUCGACGACGUGUUCGCGGAGAUCAAGGCGCUCAGACGUAAACUGGGCGUCGCGCAGUCGGCUGUGGCUGCGGUUCCUACCUUAUGUGCGGGCGCGAACUUCGACAGGAAUGCGGGCCCCGCGAUCAUCGUGCCGCGUGCCAACGCAAUGGUAUCCCGAGGUGCGGCCAUGGCGUCGCGCGUCGUCAAUGGGCUACGCAACGUGCUAUCGAUGAAUAGCAAUGGGAAGGUGCAGGGCGACCCGUCGGCGACAAGGUUCUUUCUCAAGUUCAAGGGUGCGACCAAUUAUGCGAGCCGUUUGGUCAGCCAGACGCUGGGCGUGCUCAAACCUGAUGCCCCUGGCGGAACAUGGAAGAUGCUGCAUGUCGAAUCUCUGGGCCGCCAGAAAGUGGAGACGUUCGCUGGCCCAGGCAAGCCCCCGUUCCAGAUCAAAGGCGAGAUGGCCUGCAAGAAAGCGAAGAUCGCGUUCGACGCCAAGUAUCCAGACAGGCGCAUCUCCAUCAAUCGUGAGAAGGGCAUUUUGCUUUAUCAGUGGAAAGAGUUACUGGGGACCACGCCGCAGCGCAAUGAGGUGCCGUCGCUGCGCUGGAAGAUCCGCAACCUCGAGGCGCUGGGCUUCGACGUCGAAGCUCUGCGCGCAGGCGUCACUGCGGCCCUCGCUGGAGGCGAGGAUGACGCAGGGCCCUGCGCGCACCGGCGGGCGCAGAGCUCCAUCUGGCAGCAGCUCGACCUGCCCACCGGCGCCUCCAAGGACGAUGAGUUGCGCAAGGGCUUCAAGCGCUUCGUCAGCAGGGAGCACCCGGACGUGAAGGGGCCCGGCGCGGACCGGUCGCAUUUCGACCAGGUAACGACCGAUUACAAGAAGACCAUGGACCUCGGCGACGAGGCGUUCGCUAUGAGGGUGGCCGCCGCGAUGGCCGCGGAGCAGAGCGGGAACCUUCGCUUUGCGGGGGGCCGCGGCACCAACAAGAGCGACGACACCGGGUUCAUCUACCGGGUCCCGCGGCGGAAGCCCUCGGCGGAGGAGUCGGCGCAGGCGACGCAGGUCCAUGUGGUGGGCGGCGUGGCCACUCUCGUGUUCGGGUCCGUCGUGAUGCUGUCCAGCGGCCCGACAGAGCCGCCGUCGCCGGAGCAGGCGUGCGACGAGACGGGCUGCGAGGAGCGCCCAGGCGCCGCGACCCCGCCGGGAGGCUUCGACUUCUACGAGAGCACCGAGGCCGAAGAGGAGCGGCUGCGGCGGAAGUGGGAGGGCUGA